AUGAUCGCUGCUCAUCCCCCCAUCUCCUCGUCUUUCUCUACCGUCCGUCAUCCGAGUCGCCACCCUUUCCCUCAACUCGGAUCGGCAUCGGGGCUCGAGCAGGUACAGGCGAGAGCGUUGCACCUUCAUCGCCGAGUCAGCCUGUUAACGCCGGCUUCCAUACGACGAGGCGGAUCUCACCUUCUGGUGCCGGCACUGCACAACCAUUGGCCUGAGGGGCACGGGAGCGUUUGGGAGAAACAAGGAGUCAAAAAGGCUCUUGAAGACACCCUCGCCAACAUCGUCGACCUCGUCGACGCGCCUGAUGCCAGCAGGACGGCCUCCGAGACCUUCAACUCGAGCGCUCACUCUCUGGUGUACCAAGGCCGGUAUUCUGGUCCUGAGUCACCUGGACAUGCUCUCACACCAACUCUGAUCUCAUCAACGCUCGCAAACAUUAUCGUCGUUCGUCUGUGGUUCAAUCUCAAUCUCAACUAUCCGUAUCUCAUAAUGCGUUUCCAUGUUCUGGAAAAACUCUAUCUGCGCGGACCAACUGAUAUCCGGGCGCCUCCGACGUCCGCUCCCGCAUCUCCGCCUCCGCUCAAAGACCACUCCCCUGCGGCGCAGCGGUCUCCUAUGGGCUCUCAAUAA